AAGACAACAGAAGCCAUCGCCAUAGCAGAAAUUUGUGUCUACGUCCCUAUCUUCUUUCUAACCAGAGCAAUCCUUAUCUAGCCGGGCUUCGCCCGCCAAUCCGGCUGGAUUUACCUCGCCAUCUUCUGCGUCAUCCGUAUCAUCGGCGCCGUCUUCAAAACCGAAAGUGCAAACCACCCAUUCAGCAUCACGGAUCUAGAAUGGGGCACAGCCCGCUCCUCCAUCCGGCUUUCUCCUUUGCUUCUAGCUAGUCUGAUAUUGCUUAAGAGGGUUACGGAUCUUGUUACGAAGAUGGUGGUAUCGGAUCCGGAGGCUGGGACCGGGGUAUAUGGGGGUAUGGUGGGGACGCACAGCGUUGGAGGACUGCUGGGAAGAAUCCUCAUCGUCGUCCGUUCCGCCUCCAUCGAACCCUCGUCCGCAAGCAAGGGUCCCACCUUCAUGAAAGCGGGAGCCGUCAUCUUCCUGGCUGCGCAUGUGUUGCCUGCUGUACUCCUGGCGGUUACAUUGAGGGAUGUUGUUUGGGUCUCAAUUGCAGCAGGUCCGUUUUGGGUGUGAGGUUGCUGUGGAGUUUGAUUGCAAUUUUCGGGAAAGAUGGGAAGUCCAAGAUUGCUGGUAGCGACCCGUGGGUCAAUUUUGGGACGGGGAUUUUGGAGGAGUUUGUUAUAGUGUGUGUGUGUGUGUGUGUGUGUGUGUAUGUGUAUGCGGCAACGGGGCUCGGUUUGGGGAAGUUACAAAGGAACCAAAGGUCAGUAUAGAUGUGUGGGGGAUGAUGCCCGUGGACUUCUGACUUUCAAAAUGCAUAUUUUUGGGUUAUGGAUGGAGGAUCUUGGCUUUUUGUUAUAUCGUUUACGAUGGUACUACUUAGAAGAAAUAUUUUUGUGAUUUCUCAUCCUCAAUACUUAAAAUUUUGUUAGUCAUUACAUAGUUCAUUAAC